AUGACAACGCCCGACUUGCACGUGACGCCCGCGCCGAGUGUGGAGCAGGAAACGGACGAGACGCCCGACCAGGAGUCGCCGUUGACGCCUUUGGUGCCCACCCCGGAGGUCGCCACCGAUGCGUCCACGGACGGUGACGUUGCGUCCACGCCCGCACCGACGAUGACAACGCCCGACUUGCACGUGACGCCCGCGCCGAGUGUGGAGCAGGAGACGGACGAGACGCCCGACCAGGAGUCGCCGUUGACGCCAUGGAUGCCCACCCCGGAGGUCGCCACCGAUGCGUCCACGGACGGUGACGUUGCGUCCACGCCCGCACCGACGAUGGCAACGCCCGACUUGCACGUGACGCCCGCGCCGAGUGUGGAGCAGGAGACGGACGAGACGCCCGACCAGGAGUCGCCGUUGACGCCAUGGAUGCCCACCCCGGAGGUCGCCACCGAUGCGUCCACGGACGGUGACGUUGCGUCCACGCCCGCACCGACGAUGACAACGCCCGACUUGCACGUGACGCCCGCGCCGAGUGUGGAGCAGGAGACGGACGAGACGCCCGACCAGGAGUCGCCGUUGACGCCAUGGAUGCCCACCCCGGAGGUCGCCACCGAUGCGUCCACGGACGGUGACGUUGCGUCCACGCCCGCACCGACGAUGGCAACGCCCGACUUGCACGUGACGCCCGCGCCGAGUGUGGAGCAGGAGACGGACGAGACGCCCGACCAGGAGUCGCCGUUGACGCCAUGGAUGCCCACCCCGGAGGUCGCCACCGAUGCGUCCACGGACGGUGACGUUGCGUCCACGCCCGCACCGACGAUGACAACGCCCGACUUGCACGUGACGCCCGCGCCGAGUGUGGAGCAGGAGACGGACGAGACGCCCGACCAGGAGUCGCCGUUGACGCCAUGGAUGCCCACCCCGGAGGUCGCCACCGAUGCGUCCACGGACGGUGACGUUGCGUCCACGCCCGCACCGACGAUGACAACGCCCGACUUGCACGUGACGCCCGCGCCGAGUGUGGAGCAGGAGACGGACGAGACGCCCGACCAGGAGUCGCCGUUGACGCCUUUGGUGCCCACCCCGGAGGUCGCCACCGAUGCGUCCACGGACGGUGACGUUGCGUCGACGCCCGCACCGACGAUGGCAACGCCCGACUUGCACGUGACGCCCGCGCCGAGUGUGGAGCAGGAGACGGACGAGACGCCCGACCAGGAGUCGCCGUUGACGCCAUGGAUGCCCACCCCGGAGGUCGCCACCGAUGCGUCCACGGACGGUGACGUUGCGUCGACGCCCGCACCGACGAUGGCAACGCCCGACUUGCACGUGACGCCCGCGCCGAGUGUGGAGCAGGAGACGGACGAGACGCCCGACCAGGAGUCGCCGUUGACGCCAUGGAUGCCCACCCCGGAGGUCGCCACCGAUGCGUCCACGGACGGUGACGUUGCGUCCACGCCCGCACCGACGAUGACAACGCCCGACUUGCACGUGACGCCCGCGCCGAGUGUGGAGCAGGAGACGGACGAGACGCCCGACCAGGAGUCGCCGUUGACGCCAUGGAUGCCCACCCCGGAGGUCGCCACCGAUGCGUCCACGGACGGUGACGUUGCGUCCACGCCCGCACCGACGAUGACAACGCCCGACUUGCACGUGACGCCCGCGCCGAGUGUGGAGCAGGAGACGGACGAGACGCCCGACCAGGAGUCGCCGUUGACGCCAUGGAUGCCCACCCCGGAGGUCGCCACCGAUGCGUCCACGGACGGUGACGUUGCGUCCACGCCCGCACCGACGAUGGCAACGCCCGACUUGCACGUGACGCCCGCGCCGAGUGUGGAGCAGGAGACGGACGAGACGCCCGACCAGGAGUCGCCGUUGACGCCAUGGAUGCCCACCCCGGAGGUCGCCACCGAUGCGUCCACGGACGGUGACGUUGCGUCGACGCCCGCACCGACGAUGGCAACGCCCGACUUGCACGUGACGCCCGCGCCGAGUGUGGAGCAGGAGACGGACGAGACGCCCGACCAGGAGUCGCCGUUGACGCCUUUGGUGCCCACCCCGGAGGUCGCCACCGAUGCGUCCACGGACGGUGACGUUGCGUCGACGCCCGCACCGACGAUGGCAACGCCCGUCUUGCACGUGACGCCCGCGCCGAGUGUGGAGCAGGAGACGGACGAGACGCCCGCGCCGAGUGUGGAGCAGGAGACGGACGAGACGCCCGACCAGGAGUCGCCGUUGACGCCAUGGAUGCCCACCCCGGAGGUCGCCACCGAUGCGUCCACGGACGGUGACGUUGCGUCGACGCCCGCACCGACGAUGACAACGCCCGACUUGCACGUGACGCCCGCGCCGAGUGUGGAGCAGGAGACGGACGAGACGCCCGACCAGGAGUCGCCGUUGACGCCGUGGAUGCCCACCCCGGAGGUCGCCACCGAUGCGUCCACGGACGGUGACGUUGCGUCCACGCCCGCACCGACGAUGACAACGCCCGACUUGCACGUGACGCCCGCGCCGAGUGUGGAGCAGGAGACGGACGAGACGCCCGACCAGGAGUCGCCGUUGACGCCAUGGAUGCCCACCCCGGAGGUCGCCAUCGAAACGUCCACAGACGGUGGCAUUGCGCCGACAUUAACACCGACGAUGAUGACUACGGGCGCUGCUGUAGACGACAGUGAUCAGACUCCUUGGGACGGCAGGGAGUUGAACGCUCCGCAAGAGGAGGAUCAGAACAUGUGCACGUGA